CAUUUUACAGAAAAGAAAAAAUCGCCUGGAGUUCAGAUCGCUUUUAGCAGUCGUGUGUUUUAAGCGGUAAAAUAAAUAUUCUUAUAAACAAUGAGCAACGGUGGCGGUGCCGGGGGACUGGGCGCAGCGCGUCCACCUCCACGAAUCGAUGGAAUGGUCUCGCUUAAGGUCGACAAUCUCACAUAUCGCACCACGCCGGAGGAUCUGCGUCGGGUCUUCGAGCGAUGCGGCGAGGUGGGGGACAUCUACAUACCCAGGGAUCGCUACACACGCGAGAGCCGCGGAUUCGCCUUUGUUCGCUUCUAUGACAAACGGGAUGCCGAGGACGCACUGGAGGCAAUGGAUGGUCGCAUGCUAGACGGUAGGGAGCUCCGUGUCCAAAUGGCCCGUUACGGUCGCCCCUCGUCGCCCACUCGCAGUUCCAGCGGUCGUCGAGGAGGAGGAGGCGGUGGAUCCGGUGGUCGUCGUCGUUCACGAUCUCGCUCUCCAAUGCGCCGUCGUUCGCGCAGUCCGCGUCGCCGCUCCUACUCCCGUUCCCGCUCGCCUGGUAGCCAUUCGCCGGAACGCCGAUCUAAGUUUUCGCGCAGUCCAGUACGCGGCGACAGCCGCAACGGAAUCGGAAGCGGGUCUGGCGGACUAGCCACAGCUGCGUCUCGUAGUCGCAGUCGCUCCUAGAUAUCGACGUAACGUUCCAACUUGUGGGAGUGCGAGAUGUGACUCGCUGACUAGGCCGGAUUCCGAAUUCUGUUCCGGAUCUGUGGCUCCAUCUGUGUCAUGCUGUACCCGAGCAGCAGGUAUACAAACCAUUAUACAGUCUUACACUUUACACAACUAUUUAUAGCGAACUAUUUUAAGUUGCGGCAGAGUAAAUAAGUAGAGAUCAGGCAUGAUUAUGUUCCGAGCGAGAUCCCCGCAACAUGGGCGAUCCCUCGAUGUCAGUUCUUGCACAUUAGGCUUUCACAUACUAAUUAGAGCGUAGUAGAAAUCCUUGAACAAAAUCAGAAACAGAACAUAAUAAACUUAAAUUAACACGG